AUGAAUUAUCAGUGGAAUUUACCGCCAAUAGGUGCUCCAGAUUUUGACAAUGCACUACUCUCACAAAAAAAUUUCCCAAUGAUUAGCUUAUCAGUAGAUGAAAAUUCGGACGACACCGAGAUAUUCCAAGUUGAAGUAGGUUUUCGCGACGAAGACGAAUGUCGUUCCGUUCUGGAACCGCUUGCAAAUCGAAAUCGGUGCAGUUUCACACAGCAAUUUGGUUUCCAAGAAGUGAGGCUUACAGUGCCACGAUCGUUUGCUGAUGAAAAUCACCAACAGCGUGCUUCAGCAGCACAAAAGUCUAUCACAACUGAUGGCAAAAGUUUACGCCUUGAGAUUAAUAAUGGCGAAAUUAAAAUACUUGUAGAAGCCAUCGAACAUCAAGUGGCUGAUGUAAUUGCAAUCUGUUCAGAGAGUGGAGAACUCCGAAAUAUUGUCUUAGCGGCUGCCGGAACAACCGUUUGCGAAGAAUAUCAUAGAGAGUCCAGCCGGGAUGAGAGACACUGGCUAGAAACUUCACCUGGAUUACUAAAAUGUCAAAAACUCGUCUAUUACAAACAGGAAAUGGAUCCAUUAAACUUAGUGCUUACGAUUUUUGUUAAAACAUGGGUGGCAUACGCGUAUGAUAAUAAUUAUCAGAGUAUUGUUGCUAAAAUCACAUUGAAGAGUUCAUCCUCAAAUCAACGUGAUCUAAAAAAAUGUCGUUCAGAAAUGGAGAGAGUAUGUGAAAAUAGUUUAAUAAAAUCUGUGAUCACAAAUAUAUUCGAUUUACGUGAAUGGACACAAUCAACAAUUCAAGAAUACUUUACAUUUUGUGUAUGGAAAAAACAAGUGCUCCCUAAAGUUGAUAUUGAAAAUGGCAUUGUUGAGUUGAAAGGAUCUGCGGUUGAUGUGAGUAGUAACUGCGUCGAUGAAAGUUCUCAAAUUCUGUUGUAG